AACAAGAAAAAGGAAACCCAGAAAUCUUAAAAACGAUAUGAUACAGAGCCCAAGAUUCAAUCUUUUCUUCUAAAGAUAAUGAGCAGAGGCCCUUUCACCUUCUUCUCGCAAGAAGAAGAUGAAGAAAAUGUUUCCCCAUCUCCAAAACCCAAUCUUUGACGCCCUCUACUGCGAGGAGGAGCGUUUUGAUGAUGGGUUUGUCCUCAAAGACCCAGAAAACAACGAUUUAGAUCAGAUUCAAAAUAACCCGUUCGCCCUCUUCGAGCACGACCUUUUCUGGGAAGACGAUGAGCUCGCCUGUCUCCUGUCGGAGGAAAAGAAACAGGUUCGCCUGUUUCACGACGUAAUAAAUUCAGAUGGGUGUCUGAAAACGUCGAGAGACGACGCCGUUAAGUGGAUGCUUAAGGUGAUUGGGCACUACGGCUUCGGCGCGUUGACCGCUGUUUUAGCCGUCGAUUAUUUCGAUAGAUUUAUUGCGAGCAUUUUUUUCCAGCGGGACAAACCUUGGAUGGGUCAAUUGACCGCCGUUGCUUGCCUUUCGAUUGCUGCUAAAAUGGAAGAAACUCAAGUUCCUCUAUUACUAGACCUACAAGUGGAGGAGUCUAAGUAUUUGUUUGAAGCAAAGACUAUUCAGAGAAUGGAGCUUCUUGUGUUAUCUACUCUUAAGUGGAAAAUGAACCCUGUGACUCCAAUUUCCUAUUUUGACCACAUUGGGAGGAGAUUUGGGCUGAUAAAGAAUCUGCAUUGGGAGUUCUUGAAGACUUGUGAGGGUUUGAUCCUCUCAAUCAUCACCGAUUGUAGGUUUGGCCAUUACCCCCCUUCUACCAUUGCUUGUGCCACAAUGAUUCAUGUGAUUAGAGAGAUCGAAACCGACGAUUAUCUAAACUUCGAGGGCCAAAUUGCAAACUUGCUGGAAACUAGCAAGGAAAAAAUCGACGAUUGCUGCCAGCUCAUCAUGGAGGCUGCAGACGAUCCUAGCCGUAGAUCAUGCCUCAAGCGUAAGCAAAGAUCGAUGCCAAGCAGCCCGAGUGGCGUUAUUGAUGCUUAUUUCAGCUCAGAUAGCUCGGUUGACUCGUGGGCCGUAGGAUCAUCCACGUCAGCAUCUCCCGAACCUGUGUUUAAAAGGAGCAGAGCACAUGAUCAGCACAUGAGGCUGGGUUCAUUGAGUGGCGAAUCCGGUUAAAUCGAGCUUUCACUUUUUUUUUUUUUUGGUCGUUUCAGUUCACUUAAUUUAUAUAAUUUGGUGCAAUUACAUUACUAUGCAUUAGUAUGUUGCUGUGAUUUUUUCUGGCCAAAAUCUCAUGUGAUGGACCGGAUAUCUUUUGGCAAAACUCGAAUGUUAUCUAUCUCGGCCUCUUUUGAUUAGGGAUUGGAGGUUGAUGAGUAUUGG